UUCAGUUUGACGAAACAUUAGCAGGAGCGCAUUGUGUGUUUUCCUACUUUGAUAAAGGAUUAAAACGAAUGCCUAAUGAGUUAAAGGCAAUUGUUCUUAAUUGUCUUGUUUAGUUAUUUAGAAUAGUCUUGAAAAAUGAAGUUGACUGAAUUCAAAAUGUAUGUUAUUCGGUUGCUAUUGUUUAUUAUUGCAACUUUUAUUGGCAGUAGCAAUGGGGUUGCUGUUAUGAGUAUUGAUAUUGGCAGUGAGUCUAUGAAAGUUGCAAUUGUUUCACCUGGUGUUCCUAUGGAAAUAGCUCUUAAUAAGGAGACAAAGAGGAAAACUCCAGCUACCAUUGCAUUUCGUAAUGGGGAAAGAAGUUUUGGAGAAGAUGCUCAAGUAGUAGGAGUUAGGUCACCACAAAAUAGUUUUUCUUAUAUAUUAGAUCUUUUAGGAAAAUCAAUAGAUAACCCUAUGGUGCAGCUAUAUGCAAAAAGAUUCCCAUAUUACAAUAUAAUUUCUGACGAUGAACGGAACACAAUUGCAUUUAAAAUUGAUGAAAACACUUCAUAUACACCGGAAGAAUUACUUGCACAAAUUUUGCACAAAGGAAAAGAAUUUGCAGAAAAUUCAGCUGGUCAGAAGAUCAGUGAAGCAGUAAUAACUGUUCCAGGAUAUUUCAAUCAAAUUGAAAGAAGAGCUCUUAUGCAGGCUGCUGAUCUUGCAGGAAUCAAAGUUCUGCAACUUAUCAACGACUAUACUGCUGUAGCACUGAAUUAUGGAAUCUUCAGAAGUAAAGAGAUAAAUGACACUGCACAUUAUGUUAUGUUCUAUGAUAUGGGAGCCAGUAGUACAACAGCUACAGUUGUCAGUUAUCAAAAUGUGAAAACAAAAGAGAAGGGAUUUGUCGAAACCAAUCCGCAUGUCAGUAUCCUGGGUGUGGGUUAUGAUCGUACUUUAGGCGGGCUAGAGGUACAACUCAGAUUGCAACAUCAUUUGGCAAAAGAAUUUGAUGCUUUAAAUAAAACGUCAAAUUCUGUGUUCAAUAAUCCACGAGCAAUGGCGAAACUUUUUAAAGAGGCUGGCCGUGUUAAAAAUGUGUUGAGUGCAAAUAGUGAUCACGUUGCUCAAAUUGAGGGGCUGAUAGACGAACAUGAUUUCAGAGUGCCAGUUUCUAGAGAAAAGAUAGAACAACUUUGUUCUGACUUAUUUGAACGAGUUGCAGAUCCUAUUAAGAUUGCUUUAAAAACAUCAGAUUUGACAUUGGAUGUUAUAUCUCAAGUGGUAUUAGUGGGAGCUGGUACCAGAAUGCCAAAGGUACAGGAAUAUUUAAGCAAAUAUUUGACAGUUGAGUUAUCUAAAAAUAUCAACACAGACGAAGCAGCUACAUUAGGAGCAGUGUAUAAAGCUGCGGACCUUAGUAAAGGGUUCAAAGUAAAGAAGUUUGUUACUAAAGAUGCAGUACUUUUUCCUAUACAAAUUACUUUUGAUAGAACCGUUGAUAACAAAAUGAAACAAGUUAAAAAGUCAUUGUUUAGCAAAAUGAAUCCUUAUCCGCAAAAGAAAAUUAUCACGUUUAACAAAUAUGGAGAAAAUUUUCAAUUUCAUAUUAAUUAUGCCGAAUUAGACUAUUUAUCACCUAAUGAAUUAGCUUUUAUUGGUAAUUUAAAUCUGUCUACUAUAACUUUGACUGGAGUAACUGAAGCUUUAGACAAACAUAUUAAAGAUGGAGCAGAAAACAAGGGAAUUAAAGCACAUUUUGCUAUGGACGAAAGUGGUAUACUUAAUUUAGCGAAUGUAGAAUUAGUAUCAGAAAAAUCAAGUCCAACUCCUGAUGAAAAAGAGGGUACUUUUUCAAUACUUGGCUCAACUAUUAGUAAACUUUUUGCAGGUUCAGAAGAUAAAGAUAACGAAGGAAAAGCAGAGGAACCCUCAAAGGAAGAUGUAAAACCAGUUCACGAAGAACCAGAAUACCCUGAAUUACAAAAGGAGACAGCAGACAAAACAAAGAAAAAGAAUGAAACAACAAUCACAGAGGAUAAAGCGACAAAUAAAACGGAGAAAGAGAAGAAAGUUAUGAUUGUAACAAUUAAAGAACCCAUUAAAGCUGUUGAAAUUAAGUUAGGACCGCAGGUUCUUUCUGGGGAUAAACUUACCGAAUUUCGUGAAAAAUUGCAUCAGUUAGACGUAUUCGAUUUCGAGAAAACAAAACGCGAAACGGCUUUUAAUAAUUUAGAAACAUAUAUAAUCGACGCUCAACAAAAAUUACAAUCUGAAGAAUACACUGCUGCUUGUACUCCCGAAGAAGCAGAAAAUAUAUUGAAAGUGUGUUCCUCGAUAUCUAAUUGGUUGUACGAAGAUGGAUUCACCGCGACCGCAGAAAUGUACGAAGAAAAAUUGUCAGAACUUCAGAAGUUGACUAACGUCGUGUAUGAACGUGUCUAUGAAAAUAGAGGACGCCUAGAACUAAUAGAAGGCGUGACAUCUCUGUUGAACGCUAGUAAUACGCUUUUACAGGAUGUUCGUAACUGGAGCUCAUCGAGUGACAUUUUCACUCCAGUAGAGAUUGAUACUUUAGAAAAUGUGAUCAAUAAAACUCAGGAAUAUUUUGUCGAUCUUAUCGAAUCCUCCACCGAAACAGCUUCGCAUGGUAACGCGAAAUUUACAGUUCGCGAUAUUAAGAAUACACUAGCGACGCUCGAUAGAGAAGUGAAAUACCUUACAAACAAAGCAAAGACUUGGAGGUUAAUACAAGACGCUGUGUCGAAUCAGACAGAAAGUGCAAACGAGAACGCAACGGAGACAAAAGAAGAAAAGUUUCCGGAUGAAAGUACAUCAUUCGAUAAUGUGAACAUACGAAAUGAAAAGUCAAUAGAGUCUAAUACUUCGGAUGAUGCAACUGUAACGUUAGAAGAUAACGAAGAUAGGUCGAAUCGCGAAAGUGUCCAAGAGGAAGGGGCACAUGAAGAACUUUAAAAAGGAAAGUUUGUUUAAAAGUGUGUCUUCUUAUUAUUGAUCGAUCCCGUCUUAGUUAAUAAAUUAAGCAAUUUAUUAUGUUGUAGGUCGGGUUUAUGAAUGCAUUUACAGACCUAAAUCAAAUUCAAGAAAUUAUUUAUUAGUUAUUGUGAUCGGAUCAAUUAUUCCGCGAAUGUGAAUACUGAAGUGUUAUUCUCUCUAAUUGCACAUGGUUCUAAAGGCAAUUCGUUUGUUCUUUAUAUGAGAAAGUAAUGGAAUUAGUACUUCGCAGAAUUUCGAAUAUAAAAGUAAAAUCGACCAUUCACCGUUUAUAAAAAAUUUUGUGUUUUGAGUGCCAAGUAGUUACAGGUUUCAAGGUUGUAUCUGUGUCAGACUUAGUCAAUUCGUUACCCAGCAUACUCGAGCAGUUAGCUUUCUUUGAACACUUGGGUCCCAUUGAUGGGAUACUCUAUAAAUUUAAAGUGUGUAAGAGUACAACAGUGGCCAAUAAUUACUGGUAACCGAAAUUAAGUAUACAUACAAGCGUACAACGCUGAAUCUCUACUACUGCAGUUGAUCUCCCCAUCAGUCAUUUUUUGCUUUAACGUUACUUCUCCGAAGUUAUUCCUUAGGGGCAACGGCGGGUGUAUGACACUGCGAGAAGUCUAUUUGACCAGGCCUGAUCUAUAUCUAUAUCAUAACUGCUGAACAAUUACAAAUAAUUGUAUUACAAUCAAACAGCACUGCGUUUUACAGCCGAAUGAAUUCCUUAUUCGCGUGAAGUCGUUAUUUACAAAUGACGAAACGUUUUACUCGGUCAGACUUCGUCUAUUACAAAUAUAAUAUUUAAUUGUGAUACUUCUUGAUACAAUAUUCUUAGGCAUAUUCUAUGCUAUAGCUUAAAAUGAUUUUCUACAGAUAUCUAUAUUGAAUAUUAUAAUUACAUACAAUAACAUACGUGACAAUGUUUUCGUCGUAAAGAAUUUUUUAUUCAUUCUUUCUUUUUUUUUUUGCAUUUCUAAUUAAUUAAUCCUCGCUAUAAAAUGUCUAACUUCGAUGCACCCUAUGUAUACCCUAUUGUAUCAAUAACAUAAUUUAUUUUAUGAUAAAACAAUCAUGUAUUGAAUUUCACGAUGAGACCGUACGUAUUCUGUAUAGAAUUAACAAGGCGAUGUAAACCCGUGUGUGGUAAUGUAAUUUGUUUAAAGAGAUUUCGAUUUUGCGCGUAAAUAAUUUGUUUUUAUUUAGGAACUCGGUAAGAAUUAAAUCAAAUCAUUCCAACGAAUACAGAUGUAAUUUAAAACCUCUGAUUAUGUUAUUUAUUAUUUUGGGCGAAUAAAGCAGCGUGUAAGAUAUUGGUGAAGUAAAAGAUAGCAAAACUCAAUGCAAUUUUUAAUUUGUAUAUUUCAACUUGAUGUUUACAAGGAAAGCAUAGAUACCUUAUUUUAUAAAUGCGUCUUCCUGCAAUUAAAACAGCUUUAGGCUGAUGAAUUAAUUUAUAAUUGCAUAUUUAUUUUAAUAUAUUUAAGGCAGCAUUAUUAUUAUUCGUGUAUGUUUCAUAAACAUAUUAAUAAGAAAAUAGGUAUUUGUAUAUUUAUAUACGUUACUAUCAAUGGGAUGUUUUACUUUCAGCCGAUUUAUGUAUUCAACAUGUGUCUCUUAACAUUGGUUGAAUUAGAGAAAUUGAAAUUUUAAAUUGAAGAUAAAUUUGAUAUUACCUUUGAUUCAAUGGAAAUUAAUCAAGCAUUAUCCUUUUUUUCUUUCUACUUCCUAAUAUAUUAGGUAGAGUUGUAAUUUUUAGCCUAUACGAAUUUAGAGAUACAUAGGUAUAC